AUGCAUCUCUCUCUAUGGAAACCACUCUCUCACUGUGCUGCUUUACUCCUCGACAAGAAGAGCCGGCGAAAAUACGGUUCAGAACACUCGUCUGACGAAAUCAAACCCAACCCUUCAAUUCUCCGAAAAUUGCAAGAACACAAGCUGAGAGAGGCUCUUGAGGAAGCUUCUGAAGAUGGGUCCCUCUUUAAAUCCCAAGAUGUCGACUCAGAUUUGUUAACAAAUCAAGAUGACAGCUUGGGCCGAUCCCGAUCCCUGGCCCGACUCAAUGCCCAGAAAGAAUUCCUAAAGGCCACUGCUUUAGCUGCCGAGAGAAUAUUCGAGUCCCACAACUCGAUCCCGGCUCUUAACGAGGCAUUUUCAAAGUUUCUCACAAUGUACCCGAAAUACCAGUCGUCUGAAAAAAUCGAUCAUUUGAGAUCAGACGAGUACUCGCACUUAUUAGCCUCCGAUUCGAAGGUAUGCCUCGAUUACUGUGGGUUUGGUCUCUUUUCUUUGCUUCAAACUAUGCAUUAUUGGGAGUCAUCCACAUUUAGUUUAUCUGAGAUAACUGCCAAUUUGAGUAAUCACGCUUUGUACGGAGGAGCCGAGAAAGGAACAGUCGAGCACGAUAUAAAAGCCCGAAUAAUGGAUUAUUUAAACAUCCCUGAAAAUGAAUACGGGCUCGUUUUCACCGUAAGCCGUGGCUCGGCUUUUAAGCUUCUGGCCGAGUCGUACCCUUUUCACACGAACAAGAGACUGUUAACAAUGUUCGAUCAUGAGAGCCAGUCGGUUAACUGGAUGGCUCAGAGUGCUCGGGAGAAAGGGGCGAAAGUUCAGAGCGCGUGGUUCAAAUGGCCGACUUUGAAACUCUGCUCGACUGAUCUGAGGAAGCAAAUAUCGAACAAGAAGAGAAGAAAGAAAGAUCAUGCAACGGGCCUUUUUGUUUUUCCCGUUCAGUCGAGGGUUAGCGGUGCAAAGUAUUCCUACCAAUGGAUGGCUUUGGCCCAACAGAACAAUUGGCAUGUUUUGCUUGAUGCUGGAGCGUUGGGCCCGAAAGACAUGGACUCUCUCGGGCUUUCUUUAUUUCGGCCCGAUUUCAUCAUCACUUCGUUCUACAGAGUGUUUGGUUACGACCCAACUGGAUUCGGGUGCCUUCUGAUCAAGAAAUCUGUUAUGUCGAGCCUGCAGAAUCGUUCGGGCCAUGCGGGCUCGGGUAUAGUCAAAAUCACGCCCGUUUUUCCAAUGUAUUUGAGUGACUCGAUGGAUAAUUUCCCGGGGUUUGGCGAAAAUACAGAAGAAGAAGAAGCGAGUCGAAAUAGCGACAUGAAUUCCGAAAAAGCCCGGCCCGUUUCGCAAUUACCGGCCUUUUCCGGCGCUUUCACUUCUGCUCAAGUGAGGGAUGUGUUCGAAACCGAGAUGGAGCACGAUAACUGUUCGGAUAGAGAUGGGGCGAGCACUGUAUUCGAAGAAACUGAGAGUAUAUCCGUGGGUGAGCUUAUCAAAAGCCCGGUUUUCAGUGAAGACGAAUCGUCGGAUAACUCGUUGUGGAUAGAUUUGGGCCAGAGCCCAUUGGGCUCUGACGAAGCGGGCCAUUCGAAUAAUAAUAAACACAAGGGCGGCCUUCUCUCUUCUCCAUUGCCACCCGCUUGGUUCACGGGCCGCAAGAAUAAUAAUAAUAAUAAGCUAAACUCUCCAAAAGUUGGCCCGAUAUUUGACAAGGAUCUGAAUUCGGCCUGUCAUGAUGAGCCUAACGUAUUGUCGUUCGAUGCUGCUGUUCGGUCGGUUUCUCAUGAAUCGGACCAUUUUAAAGAAAUCCCCGAGGAAGAAGAACAGUUUGACGAGAUUCCCGGGCCUAGUGGGACGCCGGAAGAGGAUAAUAAUCGGUAUUUUCACGAAAUCGAAGAAGAAGGGCCCGAAAUUAGCGGCAAAUUGGUUAAUAGUUCAGUCACGUGCCUCGAGAAAGAAAGCGCGAUUAGACGAGAGACGGAGGGUGAGUUUAGGCUACUCGAGAGGCGGGAAAGAAGUCGAAUUGCCGGCGGCGGGAGAUUUUUCGGAAUUGACGAGAACGAAAGGCACGGGAGCAAAGGGCGAAGGGUGUCAUUUAGCACGGAGGAUUAUAACCCUCACCGUAAAGGUCAUCAUAAUAAUGAUCUCACUACAUCUCUCGAGCCAGGUGGCGAAUUAUUAUCCGGUGGUGAUGAGGAUGAUUAUGUAAGCAACGGCGAAUAUGAUGAUGUGGACGGUCAGGAUUCGGAUAGAGGUGAGCCCGAGAUAAUCUGCCGCCACCUGGACCACAUAAACAUGCUGGGCCUCAACAAGACGACUUCUCGACUCCGAUUCUUGAUCAACUGGCUCGUCACUUCUUUGCUGCAGUUGAGAUUGCCAUUGGGCCCGAACGGUAAAGAGCGGGCCCCACUUGUCCAUAUCUACGGCCCGAAGAUAAAAUACGAGCGAGGGGCAGCAGUGGCUUUCAACGUGAGGGAUAGGAAUAAUCGAGGGUUGAUUAGCCCAGAGAUUGUGCAGAAGCUGGCUGAGUCGAACGGUAUAUCUCUUGGGGUUGGGAUUUUGAGCCAUAUUCGGAUUUUGGAUAGUCCUAAGAAUCAGCAUUACCGAGGCAUUGAUGAUACUACACUUUGCAAGCCGAUGGAAAAUGGGAGGAAUGAUGGUGGAAAGAGUGGGGGGUUUGUGAGAGUUGAGGUUGUUACGGCUUCGCUUAGCUUCUUGACGAAUUUCGAUGAUGUUUANGUAUGA